CAUUAAAAAAAACAGCAGAUGCUGGAAAUCUGAAACAAAAACACACAAGUCGGGCAGCAUCUAUAGAACGAGAAACCUUUCUGUGACCUUUCAUCAAGCAUUGGAAGUCCAGAAGAAUAUUUUGUAUUUCAAUCAGGGCACCUAAUAUUCUUCCAAACUCGCAAUGAUAAAGACACAGUCUCGUCGUAUAACAAAUCUGCCAUCUGGUGAAUAAAAAUUUAAAAAGUGCAAAUGUUCAAAAUCAGAAAUAAUAAAAAAAGGAAGUGCUGGAAACACUCAGCAGGCCAGGCAGCAUCUGUGGAGCCUGACAGAAAGUUAAUGUUUCAAGUCGUUGACUCUUCAGGCUAACGUUGGACCUGGGUGCACUCCCUGCAUCACAAGUUCGGAAAGCACACCAGAUCCGCACACAAUAUGCUAGGUAUAUUCGUUCUGCGGAAUCAAAUUUGAAUGCAUUGAGUUCCACACGGUGCGGUUUGAAGAUGGACCGCGGACGGAGGGGGGAAAGGUGCAGCGAGAGAAAGUCUCCGGGUAGCGAGGCUCUUCAGCCGGCGUCUGCCGUUUGAAGUUUGCGGUCAUGGAUCAUGGGCGAUAAGGAUCUGGAAGAAUUUCGGCAGCAGUGGAAGGACGAGAUCUCCGGCCGCGGCUGCACCGCCAAGGGAAAAGGCACGGGCUUAAUUUGGGACGAGAGGAGCAGCAAAAGGCGGCGCUAUGGGGGCCCCGGGCCCGGUCACCAUGGGGACGAGGCGAGCCCCAGGCCCGGUCACCAUGGGGACGAGGACCCGGGGCCUGGGCCGGAGCAGUCGGCGAGCUGCAGCCCCCCGCCGCCCAAUUACUUCUACCUGGCGGAGAGUUUGUUGGAGGGGCGGACCAGCCCGCUCAGGGACCGCAUCCAGCGGGAAGGACCCCACGGGAGGGGGCUCCUCGCCGGUGGCCGCAGAGGGUCGGGCAAGCCGGCAGAACACUGCGGGAGCCCCGCAGGCCGAAUCGUGCAAGCCCCGGGCGGCAGCAGUAAAAGGGAGAGCCUGCUGGACCAGUUGAUCAGCGACCUGAAUGAAAUAAAUGAAAUUCCCUUUUUUGAUAUUGACCUGCCUUAUGAGCUGGCACUGAGAAUAUUUGCAUAUCUCGGCAGAACUGAACUUGGAAGAUGUGCUCAGGUGAGUAAAACAUGGAAGGUUAUUGCUGAGGAUGAGGUACUUUGGUAUAAACACUGCUUGAAGGAAGGUUACCAGACCAAGGCAGAUAUUGGCGACUUCACAGGCUGGAAGGCUGUUUUGCGAGAUUCGCUGCAGAAAGAACAAACACUACGGACCAACUGGAAGAAUCGCAUUGGAGCUGCAAGCCAGUUACAUUAUGACGUCGGAGGAAUAUUAUGUGAUGCACAUUCGUGCAAUGGAAUGAUAAUUUCUGGAUACACAUCAGGAGACGUGAGAAUGUGGGAUACAAGCACCUGGGACAGCAGUGCCUUGUAUCUGGAAACGUCACGCAGCUCUGCAGAACUUGGACCACAGCCACACGUCUCCUUUGUGAGGAUAAAUAGCACCAUAGCAGUGGCGGCUUACAAGGGUGGUGCUGUUGAUAUAUGGAGCACAAUCCUUGCACGAGAACCAAUACAUCAUUAUCAGCAUAGCCAGGACAUACAGGCUAUAGCUAUAGCAUCAGAUAGCGCUGUAAUAGCAACUUCCUCAAAUUAUCAAGUAAGAUUAGAAUCCAGCGAUGAGAAAGGAUACUGGCAAAAAGCAUGCCAAUUUGAACUUCAGAAGCUGGUUAGCUAUCUUCAGCUUGUCCCAGAUGCUCUGAGUACCAAUGGAAAUGAAACAUUAGUAGCAGCAGCUGAAGAUACAGUUUAUUUACUCAAACCUGAUACAGAGCUAAAGGUGCUUCACUCCAUCUAUGGAAAUACCGUGACCUGCCUGGAUGUAUCCACUAAUUGGGUUGCCUGUGGUGUCAGAAACUUUGGUUGGAUAAUGAGUGAAGGCAAUAAGGUCCACAUUUAUUGCCUACAAACAGCACAGCCUUUGGCAACUCUGGGUAAUGCUGCAGGAGACUACACCUGCGUGAACUUAAGGGAUAGUCCUCCUUAUCUGGCUGUUACUGGAAACAAGGACAGGAAGGUGAGAGUGUAUGACCUACGGACAAGCAAGGCAGUGAUAUCUCUCUAUGGCCAUCAACUUGGUGUGUCCUGCGUGCAGAUGGAUGACUGGAAGAUUGUCAGUGGUGGUGAAGAAGGGUUGGUUUGUGUGUGGGAACAGCGAAUGGGAACAAAACUCUGGGAAAUGCACUCAAGACACCCUGUACGGUACCUACGUUUUGGUGCACAUACACUGAUCACAGCAAAUAUACCCAAUGAGAAAUACCCAAGAGGUGCCAGCAUUAUGGAUGAUGACUUAACUGCUCAUCGGAGACAUCGAGGAAUUAUUUAUGUCUACGACUUUUCAGUCAAUAAAUCAGCUCCAGUGUUACCAAUUUGUCGUUCAUCGUAUGAUGAAGAUGUUGGCUACAACUACAACAUAGCACUUUCAAUGCCCUAUGACCAAAUAAAAUGAAUAUGUGUCACCUUGUGAAUAUAUUGGUUCUAUUACAAUCAUACAGUAAUUCUGAAAGUAAGCUUGCAUUUAACAUGCAUUUCAUUAUGCAAGAAAAUGUCGUUUCACAGUAAGACAAUGGAGACAAUGAGGACAUUGGAGAGACAAGUGAACGGAGAAAGAACUUUGGCCUUGAAAUUUUCAAAAGGCUUUUCUGAUUUCCCAUCGAGCUGUGAAGAAAAAUGACAGAAGUGGCCAUUUUUAACAACGUUUCCUUGGAAUUUCCGGCUGCCUGCCUCAAAACAUUUUGUGAAAGACCUCAUCUUUACUCUUCAGUGUUAUUAUUUUAUUUACUAUUCCCUUUUUCAUUUGGUUCACAUGGUAAUUUGGAUUUUAGAACAAUGUUGGGGUGGAGGGGGCAGUUUCACAAACUUUUGAUUUGGAUCCAGUUGCAUAAAUCACAGUAUGGUGUAUCUGUAGAUUGAAAAGUGCAAAUAAUGUAAGGAAAUCUGAAGAUAUAACUGUUUUCAACAAAUAGGUUUCUGUUUUACAUUUGAUUUUUAAUAAAUUUCAA